AUGUUAUUUUUUGCUUGGUCGCUUGUUUCCUCGGCCGUUCAAUACACGAGGAGAAGACGAUUACACAAUCUCAUUAGAUCUCAUUUGCUUGGGCCCUUAGGGAAGAACAAGGGAUUAUUAUGCAGGUCAAGGAAGGACCAUCUGAGUUCCCUUUUUUCGAAGCCCUUUCGUUAUGGGGAGAUUCGAAAAGCACCAAGCGAGCCAAUCCUGAAUAGUCAUGCCCAAUGUUCCGAUCAUGUAAUCUAUCACGCUGAUGAUCUGGAUGUCAUAUCCAUUAUUCCGACAGUAAGUUUGUGUAUUUUUCUUAUCUCUAUUUUAGGAAUUAAAAAUUAAUGAAUGGAUUCCAUCCUUUUCAAACAAUCAGCAUAUUGUUAUUGGUACAGACUCGAUCAGGAUUACAUUUUCCAUCAAGAUACAUUCAGAUAAUAUCCCGUCCACUUCAAAAUCAGAUUUCGUUAAAUUAGCGACAUCAGGUGUUGCGGAAAACAAUACAAUAGACACGUAUCUAGUAGGAAAAAAUUCAAUAACAAACAAAAUGUUAAUGUUUAGAUCGAUCAAUUUGCAAAUAGAAUUGCCAGAAAAAAAGAUGGCUUCGAUGAAAUGUUGUAUGAAGCCGAUCUUGAGAACUUCUGUCUAAUCGUCAUUUAUUGGGCCGAGGGUAAUUUAAGUGCCUUAAAUGGGAGUUGGAAAGUCAGUGAAAUAAUUUGUAAGUUUUUUUAACCUCAUACUGUAGAAUAUGUAUAUUAUUUGUCGUGCUUUUAAUCAGAUUUAUUUUAGCUGUCAGGCUGCCAGAUCUCAGGGGUCUUUUUUCCGACCAAGAGCCUUCAUCCCGUACUGAUUCUUGUUCCUCUCUCUCAGUGUAUCCCUCCUUUCUGUCCUUAAAUGCUUGUCGCUCCACUUCUGCUCAGCGAACCCAUGACAUUAACUCUCGUCCAUAUACCCUCUUGGAAUGGUUAUAUCAAAAGGAACAUGGAUUGGGUGUGAAUAAUUAUUACAUUCAUUCUGGACGUCGAGCUAAUGAAUCACAUCCUCAACUACAGUACAUUAGCGAUACCGCGUUACACCUUGACCUCGAAGAAAGGUAAAACAUUACAUAAAAAUAAUAUUGUGGUUUCAGGAAAUAUAACUUAAUUAGUAGUCUACCUAGUCCUAGCAGCACUUAGCGUUUACCGUUAAUUUACUGAAUCAGAUUAUUUUUCGGGAAAGAAUUGAAAAGACUGCGGCCAAAAAAUUAUGACACAAACGGUUAAAUGAUUGCGUGUUACUCAAGGAAUGAAUUAAUUACUUCCUAAAUUACGUUUUAAUUAUUUUUUAUUUGAGUUCCCACUAGUUCUUUGAAAAACUGAGAUGGCCAGGAUAUUUCCCAUUCUGGGGCAAUCUAAGGUUCAAGAGGCGUCUACUUUGGCAAAACCAACUUAAAGAAACAAAAUGAAAUUAACACGUUCCUGAUAUAUCUUUUUUUAGGCCAACAAGAUUUUCAUCGGCCGCGCCCAGCUCCUCGGUCUCGUGGAAUCGUUCCCAGGCAUUGUCAGUCAGAUAUCGAAGCCUGUCUCCAUCAAGCGGAAACUCUCGGACACAUCAACGCCGUUCUUAUACUCGGGGUUAUCAUACUUACAGUAACCCCAGAGACUCCAGUUUUCAGGAAUACAAUUGUUACAAAGAUCCAUACAAAGAUUACUGUAGCGAUGAUCAGUGUGUCCCCACUUAUUUCAAGAACCUGAGAAGUCGAGGUCAGAGUCAGAGGUUGUCAGCUCGAACGAAUAAUAAGUAAGUAUAUAAAUUGCGUAAACAACUUAAUUUGUCUUUAUUUAAGCUCAAGCCAUCCUUCCAGAUCUUCUACAAUUGAGGAUUUCGAGGACUCCGAAUUGAAAAACGAAACUUUAAGGUGGGUCUUAAUUAAAGCAGUGCAAUUAUAACUUGUACUUGCACUUCGUGAUUACAAUAUAAGUCUGCAAAAGCAAGCCUUACAUAAUGCAGGCGACUCUUUAAUCUGAUUGCUUAUGGCUAAUGAUAUAAGACACGUUUUUGAAGGAAUAAUCCCGCCUGGCACGUCAUCGUCCUUAUGUUUUUCUUGACUUAUGUGGAAAAUAUUGGAUGAGGGGCCUGUCUAGUAUUAAUGGGAGACCCGAAAAUGGGUCCCAUCUUCGGGUCUCCCUCUUUCGGGGCGCCUUUUCGGGUGAGGACUUUUUGGGCCUUGCCCGUUCGGGUGGUGCCUUUUCGGGUCUUGAGUUUUCGGUCGGGCGAUUUUUCGAGUGAUGAGUAAAAAAUUGUAAAAUCAAAUACUAAUGAUGACAAAACAUUCUAAAUAAUUAAAAAAAAAACUUUUUAUUUGUUUUUGUUGUUUUUGUCAAAGAACAAUUCAAAUUCGCCAAAAGGUCGUAUAAAUAUACUUGUCGAAAUUCCAAUGGCACAACAUUCUAAAGUUCCUAAUAACUGAGAAUAAAGUCGGAUUAUGGGGUAAUCAUCACAUCACCCUUUCCUUGCCUUAAUAGUCCUGUAGUAUUCUAUUUUAGUUGUGUACUCUGUCUUAGAAUCACAGCGGCUUGUUUGUCCUGGGUCCAAUUUCUUUCACGUAUUCAGAACAAGAUACGUUUACGUUCACACCCAAAGAUACAUCUGGAUUUACCCAUUCUCUUUUAUUUCAGCGUUUCUUCGAACCAAACUUGUCUGGACGCCCCUCAGGGCAUUGAAAGUGUCCCAGAGUAUAACGGUGAUAGUGCUCGGGACAAAGUGACUCCAUUGGCCUCGGAACUAAGAGUAGACCCUCAAAUCGCAACAAUUUUAGCUCAAAGGGAUAAGGCCGAUCUCUUACAACGUCUGAAUUCAGAUCUCUCGGGAAGGAUGGAGAUGGAAAGAUUGUCUGCCGAGGUAAGUUAAGUGGUUCCAAGAGAAGAUUUCCGGAGAAAAUUGGAUUUCAGGGUUUCCCCACAGAGUAUUAUAUUAGACUUAUCUCCUCUCCAUUGAGUAAUCCCCUAAUUAUCGGGGUUUUAACUUGAACAUUCAGAUUGAGAUAAAUCGUGAUAGCGCUACAUCAGUCAUUCGGACAGAUUUUAUUGAAUAAAAAUGUCUCAUUGUGACACAUUUGAUAGAGCACCGAAAUUUAUUCAUGAAAAUUAAAAAAAUCGGCUGAAAGAAAUUGGACAGAGUGAAAUUCUACAGAUUUAUUGUAUCUCUCAUUUUCUCUGCCAUGCGUACACACAUGUGUGACCUUCGUUGAAUUUAGUCGAAUUUCACUCUGUCCAUUUUCCAUGAAGCCUCGAGGGUUUCCUGAACGCUCGAAAGAUUUUCAUUAUUUUGUUGUUUCAGUGUUUUUUAUAUCGAUAAAAAUCUAUCACCCCGAAAGCGAGCCGAUUAUCAGCUCAUUGUGAGGAGACGAGAGCUCAUGUCCGAUAAAAUUGUACUAGAAAUGGGUCUUUAUUGCUGUCAAAUGGGAGAAUGACCUCGAGCCGCUGUCCGCUGGAUUUUUAGUGCUUCCAUCUUCGUUUUUUAGUUUUCAUUUUCGUUUUUACCCCUCUUUUUUUAUCAAAACAUUUCUUUGAACCUAAAAAUUGGUCAAAAAACGAGACGACCCAGAUAUCGGGAAUGAUCAUUCGAAUCAUUCGUUUGCUCUUCGUCAACACCAAACAGGUGGAUUGACAUGCAAUUAUUCAAAUACUUUUUAGAACGGCACUCACAGAAAGAGAUUCAAUAGUUUGACGCCCUUUUCCCUCGGCUCGAAGAUCGAGUGGAGUCAGGAAUUUUUUCAGCCUCAUUCAGGUCAGUUAUUCGUAUAAUCUCUUAUCUAUCUAUGUGAGGAAGAUGAUCAACUGUAAUUACUGCCAAAACAAUUGUUGUUGUGUAUUAUGCAGGCGCAAGUACAAUUUCUGUCCUUUCAGGUAACAAUUAUAGUUUCAGAUACUCGAAGACGCUCCCUCAGUCCGUUAUCACUUUCCCUUCUGGCCAACUACGGUUCUCAGGAGCAGAUCGGUCUGGUCUCCGCUCAAGAUGCCCCAUUGACUACAGAUUUUGUGUUUCGACGACGUCGCUCUACUGCAACAUCUCGCAGAAGGUUUCACAGUAUGUCAUCUUCAGCUAAUGGAGAUGAAAGCUCAGGGAAACCGAAGGCUAAGCCACCUACGGUGAGUUUUUUGGUUCAACUUUUAUAUCCGUUUAGGUUUUAAUUUAUACCGGAGACAAACCAGAGUUGUACGGAAAGAUUGUAAAUUCGCUCAAGACUAUAAUGCCGCCGGAUGUAUAUACAUUGACCCAUCUAAGUAGUAAAGCACUGAAAUAUCAUCCUUGGGUCGAUGAGAACGCAGCUUGUCUCCUGAUUGCAGACACCAAGUUGUUGGAUGACAUAAGCUGGUCCCGCCUUCAGAAUUACUUUAUCCAUUCAGGGAAGAUCUUGUUCAUCUGCCAGAAUAGUUUGUUUGCUUCGCUUACGCAUUGUGAUUCUGUGAAAAAGCAAACUUCCAUGCUGAAGAGUGCCUUUGGAACAAAGACCGCGAUGAAUGCACUGGGAAAGGAAUUCGAACAGUUCAUGAAGAGAACCAUCAAAUUAAUGGCCAAGAAAAAGGAAAUUAAUGAAACCUUUUAUGCCAAGGACCCGGUCGGAGGCUAUAAGUACUCUGUAGUCUUGAGUAUGAAAAAAGGUGGGGGAUUAUGUUCAAUGUCACACGAUUAAAAAAAAAUAAAAUUAUUUUAGAUCAGCCUUUACUACUAUAUAUGGAGAACUCUGAGCACAAAGCCAGUGCCCUAUUUUCGGAUGCGACUACUGAACAAUUACUCUCGGAAGCCGGGAAAACUUUAAUUUCGGAAGCCAUGGGUCGUCUAGGCAUCCAAGUCCAGGAGAACUUGUCUGAUGACAGUCCCAAAAGAUGCUAUUUGAUAUGUCAAGAAGACAAAGUAAUAUACGAGAUGAAUCGGCUAAAAUACGGGGUGAAGAUUGGUUCUACUCCCAAGAUGGUAUUCAAACCAAGUGUUUAUUUGGAUUCGGAUGAUCUCCCUUCUCCAUCGUUUGAAUUGUUGCCAGUGGAGGUUAGAAGAAGAAAGACCGGGAUUCCCAUCCGAGAGUUUGAUACUCAAGAAUAUUUUACUCGAUUGAAUACCAAAUAUCUUGGAAGGGUGCUGUUAUAUGUCCCUGUGUGCGAGAGUACCAUUGCCGUCUCAAGAAGGUGAAUACGUUGAUAUGGAAUAUAAGGAUGGCGGCAUACGCAUCAGAUCGGGUGUCGUGGCCAGAAACCGCAAUUUCUGGUCUGUUAGGCCUCUGGACGAGAAAUGCGUAACCUCUCAGUGGAGAUUUUUUUCUUUUCUCUGUUCAGACAAGCAUUGCGCAUUUCUAGAGGCCUAAUAGGCAAUAAAUCGCAGUUUCUGGCCACGACACCCGAUUUGAUGCGCCAUCCUUAUAUAAUGUGUAUUUGUUACUGAUUUUGAUAUCUUGUUUUCAGUCUAAGUUCAGCGAUUAAAAACGACGGAGUCUUGGUUGUAGCAGGGAAACAGACGAAUGGAGUGGGCAGGGGAGGGAAUCAGUGGCUGAGUCCUCAUGGAUGUGCCAUGUUUACCUUUGAUUUCGAUAUCCCCCUAAAUUCUGAAUUGGGCCGGAACAUCGUUUUUGUUCAACAUAUCUUGGCUGUGGCCGUCGUCGAAGCUGUUCUUGAGUUACUUGAAAUGCCGGACUUCCCGCUUAAGAUCAAGUGGCCCAAUGAUAUCUAUUACAUGAGGUCGUAUAAAAUGGGCGGAGUCUUAAUUGGAGGCUCGACUAAAGGAGGAUUUAUGAAAUGCCUGAUUGGUGGGUAUCAGGAUGGUUAUUUACAAACCAACUACUUUUAGCUGCUGGUAUAAAUGUGGCCAAUUCCCACCCGACUGUUUGCAUCAAUGACAUGUUACCGGUGGAAUCAGACAAAGUUCUAACAGUUGAAGAAGUCUUAGCGGUGACAAUGAAUAAGUUCGAGUACUUCGCUGAUCUUUUUGUUAAGAAAGGCAAGAAGGAUUUCUUAGCCAUAUACCACAAACACUGGCUUCACACGUAAGUUCGUCUACUAAUAAGGUUGUAUAUAUAAUACUUGUUCAGUAGAGAGGAAGUAACAGUGAUUCACGAAGAGAAUGGCCAGAAAGAUAAGGUUGUUAUAAGAGGAUUGGAUGACAAUGGGUAUCUGGAAGUCCGUUCAAAGCAUUCCGGAAAAGUCUUCAGCGUUUUUGACGAUGGAAAUACAUUUGAUAUGAUGAAAGGUCUCAUUCACCCCAAGGGGAAGUAA